AUAGCCUGACAGACAAAGAGAUAUGGAUUCUGGGCACUGGAUGUCUUCAACAAUAUUUACACUGGACUCCUUCCAAUCAAAAACUGACAUAGAAUUGAAGUUUUUGUGCUCUGCUGCAGUAGCAUCAUGUUGCCGUGGUAACCAGAUGGUGUGGUGGCCUGGUAUGUGUAAAAGUAUUUGCCACUAACAGGAUUUGUGCUAUCUUGUCCCCGCUGCCGUGCUGUAAUGGUCUAGCCGGGAAAUGGGGAUCCUGGAUAUUGAGAUGGCAUCAGUGAUUGCGCUUAUUACACUUACUGACGCUACUGUGUCAGACGCCAAAAUGGCCAGAAGAGGUGACAGCGUGACAUCAUGGCUCCCAGCAAGAGCGCUGAUGAGAGUGAUGCCUGCAUGAGGCAGAGACUUGUCAACAGUUUGAGCCAAAGUUUCCCUGGCAGUGCCCUAUCUAAAGCAUUACAGUGUUUGACAGACUCCGAGGAUGAGAUGAAGGCUGAUCCACUUAGCAGUAGUUGUUUCGCAGAGCUGCGUACAGAAAAACUGGAUGUGGAGGAGGAUGAUGAGUUGACAAGCUUGUCGUGGUUACAGGACAGUGAUUUGUUGAAGAAUAUAAACGCUGGGGAGGGGGCGGAUGAGGUGGAUGGACAGAAGGAAAAUGGGGAAGCAGGCAAGUUGACGCCGGGAUUCUCACAACCUCAUCCUCCACAUGUUCCGUACAAUCCUCAAAAACAUAUAAACAGCAAACCGCCAUAUUCAUUCAGUUGUUUGAUUUUCAUGGCAAUCGAGGACUCACCGAUCAAGAGGCUCCCUGUGAAGGAUAUUUACAAUUGGAUACUUACGCAUUUUCCGUACUUCCAAAAUGCUCCAACUGGUUGGAAGAACUCUGUGCGGCAUAACUUGUCUCUUAACAAAUGCUUUAAAAAGGUGGAAAAGGAUAAGGGCCAGAGUAUUGGUAAAGGUUCACUAUGGUGCAUCGACCCAGACUUCCGACCAAACCUGUUACAGGCGCUACGGAAGACACCUUAUCAUCCGUAUCACCAACUUCAGAUGAUGUCUUCACCACAGUCAAACAUGCAGCUCCCAGUGCUUCCACCAGGUUGCCAUCGGCCCUUUCCCUUGUCCCCUCGAUCAGCACCCAACACUAUUUCACCUCAUCUCUUCCCGUUUCUCAGUAAGAGAUUAGCACAGACAGCUUCAGAUAUUGACAGCGAAAUUACAGAUGUUGCCUACACAUUGGUGUCCUUGAAAGGCUUCAGCAGCAAGAAUUCAUCUGGGAUGUCGUCCGACGGCUCAGAGGGCUCCUUGGAUCCCAGGUUUCGGUACAAGAGAAAGUUCAGGGAUCAUGGGUAUAUACGUCGCCGGCCAUCAGGGCCAAUCAUCUGCACCAACAGCCCUAGUGAGGAUCAUACCUAUAGUGCAACAACAGUCGCUCCUGACGAGGACGACUACAUGCCGUCAUCACCUGUUUCAUCCAUUGAUGAUGAGUAUGACUUCGGCCCUGAUGAUGACGUAGAGAGUGACUCUCCCAGUUACCAUAGCGACUAUGACUAUGGAAGUGACAUGGAUGAGGUCGAUGGAGAAACAUCAACGCAACAACGGAAACGAUUCCGGGACUCUAAAACAACGGAGGAGGAGGAACAGAAGAAGAUAGUAGAAGGAGCCGAUGCACUCUUGAACUUGGCUGGAAUUAUGACCCGUUCUCCCCGACGGUCUCCUCGCUCUGUGUUGAGCAAGACAGACUUUAAAGCCAGAUCAUCUCCAUCCUAAUGGAGGAGGUCUUCUUCAUGUUUUAGAACAGUCUUAUUUCUUUUGAUACCAGACGAGAUUUAACAUUAUAUGGAGAAUACUGUCAUGGCUUGGGAAAGAUCCUGCUCAUGGUGUCUCGGUGUGGGAAGUCAUGAGCAUUUUGUGGACAACAGUUGAGAUUCUUAUCUCCCAUGGGAUGCAAUCAGGAGCAGUUUGUAGCACUCGAAGCAGUUACUGAGUGACUGAGACUCAAAAGCAGCUACUAAGUGACUCAAAACUGUUACUAAGUGACUCAAAACUGUUACUAAGUGACUCAAAACUGUUACUAAGUGACUCAAAACUGUUACUCAGUUACUGAAACCAGUUACUUGGUUACUGGCAGAGGUGAAUCACGGGACAUUAGAGGGAAGAUUAUGCUGUAUUUACAGUGUUGCAAAUGAGUCUUACCAAUUGUUUUAAAUGAUUUUGUUUUCUUAAAGGUGCUCGAAUUGUGUUGGUUAAGGUGCAUUAGCUAGGAGAGGUGCAAUUUAUUUGCUCUGGUUUAUCCCAAGGUUUAUGUUUUGUUUGAAAUUAGAGAUUUUGUUGAUAAUUGCAAUGUUUGUUUUCAUGACUCUUUAUACUUGGAAAAAAAUAUUAUUUUCACUGCAAUGUUCAUUGUUUCCAUGCAAGUAGGUAUAGUCAGUACUUUUUAUGAUGUUUCCAAUCAUGGGCAGCAGAGAUGGCGGAAAUGAAUUAUAAAACCUAUAAAUUUACUCACGCUCAGGGGUACCCUGACUGAAGGUCAUGACCUUUUUCAAAAUAACAUGCGAACUUGACCUUGAGGGAUGUGGCUACAGUCCACGCAGGAUGCACUUGUACAGUUUUAUACAACUUUGUAGAUACUUGUUACAGUGUUAAUACUCCAUUGUUCAUGAACUCAUUAGUAUAUAGUUAAACCAUCUCUCCUGUUGCUUGUUAUUACUUUUCUUGUAAGAUGCACGGAAAGCUGCUGGAGGGGGGGGUGUAUUGGUGCAAGGAUGUUCAGUGUCAUAGGGGGGUGGGGUUUAUUACAUAGUAUGUAUACAUAGUAUAUACACCAGAUAGUACCAGUUGUGUAACAUAUUAUCUUUAUACCUUGUUGGUAAUGGUCAUAGCAACCUAGCUGACGUAUUUGUUAUUUACUUAUGGUAUUGGUUCUCAACACUGUAGGUGCUAUAGAUGAAUCUGGGGCUCACUCAGUGCUGGGUGGAGGAAAUACUGAGGUGUUAAUAUACAUGGUCAGGGCACCCUUGUGACUUACACUGACCCUAAAUGGGGAUUGCUCCUCUGUCCUUUGAAAUAUAGGCACUUGUCUAUGGUAAUAUGGGAAGCGUGCCACAACGAGUCAUGCGUCUUUUAAGGAUGUUUUCUUAAAAUUUCAUUUAACAGUGCUACUAACAUGCCUCAACUUAGCAAUCUUGUAGUUUAGAUAGAUUCGGAGAUGGUAUUGUGGAUACCAGUGUGGUAUUUUCAGUGAACUGAAAAGAGGCCCAUAGCCAACAUCACUGCAUGCUCAAGCUACUAUUUGCUGUAUAUCUGCAUAUAUUUUAUAUUUGUUAUGGUUUUGUUUAAUGCACUUGACCAAAUUGCUUCCAUAUAACACAUUAAAUGCAUCACACAAUUCAGCUGAUAAUGUCAGUACUGUCUUUGACAAAACUAGUUUCAAUGUUUGCAAUUUUUAUCAAAAUGUCAGCAUUUAGAUAAAAAAAUGCAAAAAACUACAUCCAUUAGAUGGAUUUUAUAUUUGAUAAUUAAAUGUAAAUAUCUGACAGAAAAGAUCAGUUGAGAGAUAUGAAUUAAUCAGGCCAAAAAUAUCUUCACAAGCAACAGAUUUCCAUUUACAAAAAGCAGUUGGUUUUUCUUUUAAUGUAUCAGAUAUACAGUUUCACCAGAUACGUUUUUAUGUGAAAAUAUUUAGAAUACAGAUCUGUAAAUGUUAGUUACCCCCUUAGCUAUCAGGAUUUCCAGGGUUUCAUGCCCCGUUAUGACCCUAGGUUCCGUUGGCGAAGUGGUUGAUGUCAGCGCUCUGAAAUCCCACACACUGAAUGAAACACUGUUCAAGGCAGUAUUUUAGCCGUCUGCCCAAGGCAAGGGAGGUAACUGACUUAGGUUUCUUCCCUUAGCAAGCUGGACUGGAAUUUCAUGGUUUGAAAGCAACGCCACCAGUGGCUGUUAGGAGUUAUGUCCCUUAUGUCAAUUCCACCUGUCAUAUAACUUGCAUUUGUUUCCAACAAAAUGGCAGUACCCAGUAAAGAGGAUAUGAUUGCUUAGGUGUAUACUGUGAUAAAAUGUAUCAACAUACUGGUACUGGUACUUGAAUACCUUGAUUAGAAACCUGGAAACAUUCAGAAAGUAUAUGUUGAUGCCCAGUAGAUAUACGUUUAACAAAUUCUGCUGCUAACUGAAAACUGAGGGCAGUUUAUGAAAUGUACGUGAGUUUGUUACAUGUUUUUGAUUGGACCAUGCACAAAUUUGUUACUUCAUCCGAAACUACUCCAUUCCAGUCUGGGUCGGCAAGGGUGGAGUUGAAUCGUCAGUUAUCUACCUUGUCUAGGGAAGAUGUAUUUCACCAACUAACUCACUCCUUGUCAAAGACAUUCACUGUUGCGUCCAUCUUGGAACAUGGAAGUCAGCUGCUGCUGUGAUGUUUAAUGUGCCAACAGCUAAUUAAUUGUGUCAAGUCGGUAAUUAUGCCUUAAUCAACGAGAUCUUCUUCCAGUGACCAUUGUAUGAUGUCUGUACCUUUAUAUCAAAGGCGUCCAUGUCUUCCAUAUGUGACCUUGAAUCUCCAUGUCAAGGUUAUGUCAACUAAUGAAAUAUGUAGCUCUUUUAAGGUAAUUUACAUACACAAUUCAGUUAUACCUUAUAUGUGUAUAUCCUUCAUCUAUUUUACUAUUUGGACCUUUAUAGUCUUAAAAUUAUUCAAGGAAUAGUUUUAUUCAAAUCUAUGUUAUUAAAUUAUGUGUUAAAUGUGUAAAUUAAGUGAAACAUGUUUAUGAAGUUUGACUAUUAUUUUACAUUUGUUAAACAGAAAAAAUAAGGUGAUGAAAAUUUAAUGUAUUUUAGAUACAUGAUGGAUGUUUUUAAGGUUUUAGUGUCUUAGCUGUUUUAUGAUUUUUGGAAUAGAUUCAUUUAUGAGAUUAACAAUGUUAAGCUCAAGAAAAGCUUUGUCAGCAUUGUUGGACAGUUGCUAUGUGAGUAUGGCAAUUGUGCAUUCACAAAACCAAGUAACUCUGUGUGCAAUAAGCUACCUUUCAGGAGUCAAUUUAAUGCUUAGUACAAGCAUUUCGCACAAAUUUGUUUGGCAUUAACAUUCGAAAGGUCACUACUUUAUGGAGAAAACAUUUGUGUGUCAUGGCUCAUAACAAAUCUAUGCAAAAAAUGAUAGGGAACAAGCGAGAUAAUUUUCUGUUCUUAAAACACUCAUAAAGAAAAGUACUGUUUUCCCUAAGUUUGAUAAUUACAUAUAAAGGUGCCUGUACACAAAAGUUUAUAAAAUUGUCCACUUGUAAAGUAAGGGAGAUAACUCUCCCUAUAUGUGAUGACCUUGCUUUCUGCUGACAACAAUAAGAUGUUCUUGUUUGUGUAAAUGACAAGAAUUGACACCAGUUCUUGGACAAAUUCAGGGUAUUUGUCAAUGCAUAGAUCUACAGUGUUUUGUCAUCUAGAAAUUUGUUAAAUUUGGAAAAUUAUUUUGUUUAUUGAAGAUCUCACACUCAUGUAGCUCAAAUUGUUGACAUUUCUAUGUGUGUGUAGUGCAAGUCCUUGUAAACAUGGAAAGCCGUGUAAUUUGUCUACUGGGAAAUAGUUUCAGGAAACACGAGCUGAUAUACAUGGAGUCCAAGACACAUUCAUUGCCACUGUUAAAGUCAGAGUAGGGAAACAAGUUGAACAGGUCUCAUCUUUUUGUGCAAUACUUCUCAUCACCAUAUUAGAGUUUUAUGUUCACAGUUAUUCUCCGGUAUUGAAAUCACAAGGUCUAUUCUGCAUGCUCAUUACCAUGGCUGCAGCUAACCUGUUCAGUUUGUUUCCCUACUGUGACGUUGAUUGAUAUUAUAUCACUGCCUCUGAUCAGUCCUACACAGUAAGUGUUCAGUGGAAGAGCUGUUUUGCGCUUUCUUUUCUAAGAAUUUCUACAGCAAUGGUUGUCUAAAACCAGUUCGACAAAAAACAGCUCGCUCCAGAUAUUACGCCAAAGUUUGACAAAAAAAGAGGGUGCAAUAACUCUAAAUCAUGUCUAUACCGCCUGUACAUCGUAGUUUCCAUGGUAACAUGUUCAUGAAACAUGACAUUGAGACUUGCAGAAGGCUUCCAUUUUUCACAUUUAUUACUUAAAAUCAUGACAUUGUUGUCAACUCCAAAUUUUGUUAAAUCAUUACAUAUAAGGUUAUAUCUAGCAAUGACUUCAUCUGUAAUACCAUUUAGACCUCACCUUAAGAUAACGAGUUCGAUCGUUAGUUGUUGACGAGUCUACAUGUUCAUCAUAAAUCAAGAUCAUCGAUAUUUCAGAAGUUAAACAUGUUGAGUAUAUGGAAAUAUUUUGUGGCCAACAUGUUUUGAAAUUUAUGACAUCAGUUCUUUUUUUGAUGUGAUAUACAGAUGACAUCAUUGCUAAUCAAGUUCUCAGUAGCCAGUGCAAUAUGUCUGUCAGGCCAGUCAACUCGCUGUCUGGCUGUCUGACAGGCCAGUCAACUCGCUGUCUGGCUGUCUGACAGGCCAGUCAACUCGCUGUCUGGCUGUCUGACAGGCCAGUCAACUCGCUGUCUGGCUGUCUGACAGGCCAGUCAACUCGCUGUCUGGCUGUCUGACAGCAGAGUUAACUGGCAAUGCCAGUAUGUGAUGGCUAUGUACAUUUGUACAUAUUCUACACAGACCAAAUAAAGGAUCAGAUUUUCAAACUA